AUGGACCAGCCAGCGAUAAACCGGCCUCGAGCGCGCCUCCCCAUCUGCGGGAAGCCCCGCCUCCCCGGCAGCCCCGCGCCCGGUUGGAAGCUGUUCCCUGUUGGAAAUGGGAAUGGCCGCCUAUUUCUACCCCGAUGCCUAGCCCCCGUCCCCCACCCUUCAAGGGCCCUGGCGCCUGGUGGGCGCUCCCUGGGGCUUGACUCCUUCGUGGACCAUGGCCAGGGGAGUCCUCCGCGCCCCAGCCGGAACCGACGGAAAUUCGGCAUUAGCGUCGGGAGACCCCCUGAAUCCCGAGGGCCAGCGCCUCCCGGGGGCCUGGCUGGGGGCGAUUUCCUGAGCCCGGGAUCCCCGCGCGCCAGACCCUACCCCCCGCGCGGGGCGGCGGGUCACGGGUCUCCUACUUUUCCCUCCCGCCGAGCGCGCGGGCCGGCGGACAGGCGGGCGGGCGGGCCUGGGCCUCCGGGAGCCGCCGCCCGGCCGGGGUCCCCUUCCCGGGGGCUCCGCGCGGGCCAGAGGAGGGGGCCCGGCCGCGCCGCCUUCCGGCCGGGCCACCGAAACACUCACCCCGCUCCGCGCGGCGCGGCUUCGUCCUCUUCGGCAGCGCUGGGCCGCCGCCGCCUCACGCCGCCCGGGAGGCCCCGGCCCCGCGGCCCCGGCCCGGCCGGCUGCGCCCCGCGGCUCCGCGCGCCGCCGCCGCCGCCGCCACCGCCGCCGCCGCCAGCUGGCCCCGGGCGAGCAGCCGGGCCCCCGCGGGCAUCCUCCCCGGCCGUCGGCGGGCGUGCGGCGGGCGGGCGCACGUGCGGGCCGCCGCGGGCUGGGCGCUCGGAGCGCGGGCCGCGGGCCGACGAGGAGGCGGCGGCCGGCGGGGCGCGGGGCCGGGCGCGCCGGCGGACCGGCCUGACAGCUCUACGCCGCGGCGCCGCCGUGCCCCGCGCGCCCCAGCGGCCGCUGCUGCCCGUGCGCGCCGAGCCCGCCUCGCAUUCCCUUACUCGGCGGCAGGCCUGCGCCUCCGUCAGGCCACGCGGGGAGCCGCCCGCCGCCUCCGCCCGCCCAGAGGGCCGGCCUCCGCCCGGAGCAACCCGGCAAACUUGGUGGCCCCGCUCCGGCGCCGGGCGUGCUGUCGCCCCGGCGACCCCCGAAAGCCUGGGGCUCGCUACCGCGCGGGAGGCCCCGGGCGCUGGACCUGGCCCACGACCUCUCGGCCCUUUUAACACCAUCGGCCUCGCCUAUCGGGAGACUCGCGAACAGUAA